AUGUCCUCUACGCCCCAAUCCAGGGAGAACAAUGACAUCGAGCCAGCCGCAGAAAAAGGCGUAUCAGAACCGGGCUCAGAAAGAACUGUCGUCAAUAACGCCGCUCAUGUUUCGGAGAAGAAAGGCUUGAGGUUCUGGCUCAUCGUGGUGAGCCUCGCCGUUACGGCGAUUCUAGCUGCACUCGAUGGCACAAUUGUUACCACUUCAUUGCCGUCAAUCUCGGCGGACCUAGAUGGAGGGUCAAACUACGUCUGGGUAUCAGGGGCAUAUUUCCUGGCCGUAACUGCACUCCAGCCUCUCUACGGCCAGCUGGCAGACUUUUUCGGCCGGCGCAAACUCCUCGUGGUUUCCAUCGCAAUCUUUAUUCUCGGCAGUGGCAUCUGCGGUGGAGCGUCGAGUAUGAACAUGCUCAUUGCGGGUCGAACCGUGCAAGGUGUAGGCUCUGCCGGAAUGAAUCUGCUCGUGGAGCUCAUCGUCUGCGACCUCGUUCCCCUCCGCGAGCGUGGUCAAUAUACCGCCAUCAUCUACAGCGCGGCCACCGUCGGUGCGGCCAUGGGCCCUUGGAUCGGCGGUGAGGUCAUCGUCAAAGCGUCGUGGCGCUGGGUCUUCUACAUCAACUUACCCAUCGGCGGAGCAGCUCUCGUUAUGGUCCUGCUUGUUCUUCGGGUCAACCACCCACGGAUCGCACUCAAAGACUUUCUUCGAAGCAUAGAUGCUAUUGGAAAUAUUGUCUUCGUUGGUGCGACGGUGGGUAUCAUGUUUGGACUUAUUUACGGCGGCAUCAAGUACCCUUGGAGUUCGUGGCACGUCUUAGUGCCGCUUAUUCUUGGCUUGGUAGGGCUGGCCAUUUUUGCACUCUACGAAGCAUCACCUUACUGCAAGCAGCCGUCGAUCCCACGCCAAAUCUUUGGCAACAGAACGUCCAUUGCGGCCCUUUUAAUCACCUUCUUCCACUCGUCGCUGCUUACUUGGGUCACCUACUUCGUCUCGGUCUACUUUCAGACUGCUCUCGGGGCAUCUCCCGCUCGAGCUGGUGUUGAUCUCCUGCCGAACGUCUUCGGCUUCAUACCCGCAGCUGCAAUUGCAGGGGCUAUGCUUACCAAGUUCGGCCGCUACCGCCCCUGGCAGCUUGCCGGACUCUGCAUAAUGACUAUCGGCAUGGGUCUCUACUCGCUGCUAGACCAGAAAACGCCGACGUACGGCUGGGUGCUGCUGGUCUUCUUCUUUGCGGUCGGCUGUGGCCUCGUCAUCCCGUCGCUGUUGCCCGCAUUGCAGGCAAAGCUCUCGGACUCGGACUCUGCCGCUGCGAUAGCAGUGCUCACGAUCGGGCGAAACUUUGGCAGCGUAUGGGGCACCGUCAUCCCGAGCAUCAUCUUCAACAACCAAUUCGAUCGGUUUUCCGAUACGAUAGGCGACGAAUCCACUCGGAGACUGCUGCUCGGCGGCCAGGCCUACGCCCAUGCCACAGCCGAUUUUGUCAAUACAUUGCAGGGCAUCACGCGGGAGCAGGUCAAGACUACAUAUGUCAAGGCGCUGAGCUACGUUUGGUAUGUUGGUAUUGUCGUCAGCUUUAUUGGGCUUGCAUGCGUCUUCUUGGAGGAGGAGGUCGACCUCCGAACAACCCUCGAUAGCGAGUUUGGACUGGAAGAGCGACCGGAGAAGUAA